AUUUAAUAAUUGUGCACAAUGCCUUCGACUAGGUCGUCUGUACGGAUAGCAAAAAAUAUCGAUUUACAGGGCUAUGGAGACUCAUUAUCAAAAAACAGCCCUUCAGUCGGUCGAGCGACUAGACUGACGAAUCAAAAGCCCAAGAAGCGGGCCGUAGAGCCUGAGGACAGUAGGAAAGAGGAGCCGUCCAAGGUACAUGUACCAGACAGCGGCAACUCUUUUGACUCGUCUGAAGGACCUCCCAAAGCAAACUCUCGACCGGAGGGCAAGGUUCCAAAGGAUAGUGGUGCAAAGCCUGCAGAUGCACCGGCCAAGCGAAUCACCAAGACAUUAAGCUCUUCUGCAAAAAAAAAAGUGACGAACAAUAUACAAGGGAAUUCAGCAGGUGAGGGAAAUGGCAAUACCGAGGGCGCGCCGCCUGUCGAAAGAGACACAGGCACCGCCAAGGCAUCCAAGUCGACUUCAGCUACGAAAAGCAGGAAGUCUGCGGCCAAGAGCGCUCAGACAGACGGUCUUGCAGAGCCCAAGUCUGAGGAAAAAAAGCAAAAAGUUGGUGAGAAAGAGAUAAAAUCUCGAAGCCCGACUACAAAGACUAACGAAUCGGAGCCCGAACCGAAGAUGUCUAGGCCAAAGGUGACCGCAGCAAAGCCCAGGGUAACGACCGAAAAGGCGAAGCUGGCCAGAAACACCAGGUCUGCAACGAAUACAGCCGAUUUAGAUAAGCCCGCCAAGGCAUCUAAAGAAGCGAGCGCGGGCAACAAUCAGGCCAAUCCUGAUGGCAAGGCCAAAAGGAAAGUCAGAAGUAGCAAGUAG